AUGAAUAUCAAACCCAUUCUAAAAAUAGAAGAGAUUUUAAGAAAUAUCUCGAACAUUUACGUUCAAGCACCGCCACAGCACCUCGAACUCAACGAAGAUUUCCUACAAGGAAGCGACAACGAAGGCGACGACGAUGACAACAAAGAGAAAGCUUCAGGUUUGGAAUCUGGUUCGGAGUUGGAUUUUGAUUCGGGUAACGAAGAUGGUGAUAUUGAGAAGCAGUCUAAAGCUAUUGAUGAAGCAAGGGAGAGUGCUGGCUUCGUCUCCAAAUCAAUUUCAUUCUCCAAAAUCCGUAAACCAUCCCUUCGUGAUGACUUUGUUGCCACACUAGAUACUUCAAUUGUUUGUGAAAAGGGUGUUUCUGUUUACCGUUAUAUAGCUGCUAAAGGAUUCGAAGGUGAUCUCUUUAUUGGGACUAGUCUUGUUAACAUGUUUUGUAAAAUGGGUCGUUUGGAUACUGCAAGGAAGGUGUUCGAUAAAAUGCCAAACAAAGAUACUGCUUCUUGGAAUGUGAUGAUUUCGGGGUUGUUGCAGAGCUUGCAUCCUAGUGAGGCUGUGGAAAUGUUUUGGAAGAUGAAUGAAAAUGUUUUAGAUCUGAGAAGUAACAAAGUAUCAGCUCUGUUGGUCGAAGAAGAAAAUCGAAUUCGUAUGUUGGGUCUAGAGUAUCGGUCAAAGAGGAGCUAUUUAGGAUUGGAAUAUUACGAGGGGACUAUCAGUAUUAAGAUCAUGCUUGUGGGGAUUCAUAUGGGUCAGAUUGAAUCUGUAAUGAAAAUGGCUGAUGAGGAGUGCAUAAAUUUGAAGAUUUUGGUGAUGGAGCAGAUGCUUAAACAACACCCCAAAUGGCAAGGAAGAGCUGUUUUAGUACAGAUAGUUAAUCCAACUAGCGGUAAAGGGAUACAUGUAGAGGAAGUACUUGCCGAAAUACAAGAAAGCUACACCAGGAUCAACAGAGUGUUUAGCCGACCUGGUUAUGAACCUAUUGUUUUUAUUGAUAGGGCGGUUCCAAUUACUGAAAAAGUUGCAUAUCACAGCCUUGUCAAAUGUGUUAUUGUCACAGCUUUAAGGGAUGAGAUGAAUUUGAUGCCUUAUGAGUAUACUGUUAGCAGACAAGGAAGUGUUGAAUUGGACAAAGCACUGGGGGUGGAAAAUGAUGAGGCUAAAAAGAGUGUUAUCAUUGUUUCUGAGUUCAUUGGUUGUCCUCCUUUGCUCAGUUGCGCGAUUCGGGUGAAUCUGUGGAAUAUAUGUUUGUGA